AUGGCCGAGAAAAAGAAGAUAGAAAUAGUAAUACCAGAAACUAAGAGACAGGGAUUGAAAAAUUUGUGCACAAGUCGUUGGGUGGAGAGGCACGAUUAUGUAUUAGUCAUGAAAGAACUGUACAAGUCCGUAUGUUUAGCUUUAGAAGAAAUUAAGAACUGGACAGAUCGAAGUACGUCAUCCGAGAAACGAGAUUUGGAUUUAUGUACUGCUCUUGAAUUAGCUGCGAGAGUUACUGAGCAAGUAAAAGAUAUACGAGUUGACGCUGAUAAUCAGUUUAAAGGAAUAUUGCGAGAGGCAGAUGAUGUUCUUAAACAAUACGAUAUCGACAUAUAA